AUGUCUUGGGUCUCAGUGAUAACCGCAGUGUCGCAAUGGAUACUCCUAUAUCCUGUUACCUCUCUCAUAUACUACGCAUAUCGAAUACUGCAACUAUUGGCAACGCCAUUGGUGAAACUGGGACAAUUCGCCCUUCAUUGUGCCCUCCUGCCCUUCACACUAAUCUUAAAAUUUGAGGCAUUCCUGACCUUUGUCUUGGUAGCCAUACUCACAGGAAUAUCACUGGGGCUUCUAUUGUACUAUACGAGUUCCUUCAUUGUGGAGACUUUGAACCAAUCCCUGGGGCUAACGUACCCUUUACCUCGUCCACCCAAAGCUCAUCGGAUCCGCACUAUGAAGGGGUUGAAGGGAAAUGCUCCGGAGAGAAGAUAUAGUCUGCUCAAUGAGUACUUGGCUGGAAGCAGAAGGCAAAACAAGGAGGCUGGGCUUCUCUCUUCCACCAUCUUGGAGGAGGAAGAAUCCAAUCAGGACUCAAAUGGAGAUCUCUAUGACUGA